GAAAAGUGUGAUAUUUUUUAGUAUCGCCAUCGGCAUGUGGUUGUGGAUCCCACAUCUACCACCCACCUUUCUCUUCUCAUUCUCAUCUCAUCUCGCUCUCACAGUCACUCACUCUCAGACGACUAGACUCACCUCACCGGUCUCCUCUCUGUGCUGUGGAGACCGCAGCAGCUUUUCUCCACUCCCAAUCUCCCAUGCUUCCCAUGUGCGACAUUGGCCUUGAAUUUAUAAAUCAAAGCUCUAAUAAGCAAUUCUACGUUCUACCAAAAAGUGGCUCUGUGUCCUUCCCCUUUCUUUUUUAUUUAAAUUUAAAGUCUCCAAAUAAAAUAUCUCCUUGCUCUGUUCUGUUUGGGGAUUUCGGCUCGCUUCUCUUCUCUUAUCUCAUACUAGUAUUCCAUUAACAAUCACUUUCCUCCCAUAGCCAAGAUUAGAUUUUUCGUUUUCUUAUUUAUAGUUUAACUCUACACGAUUUCUUAUUUUUCCCCUUUUUUUUUAUUUCCUUUCCAUUUGUUAAUAAUGGAUCAAAACCCUAAUAAGUCAAGAGCCACGCAGAGCAUCAUCCUUUGUGAUUUCUGCAACGAAGAGAUCGCUGUUAUAUACUGCAGAGCUGACUCUGCUAAGCUGUGCUUGUUCUGCGACCAACAUGUCCACUCCGCUAACGCCUUAUCCCGUAAGCACCUCCGUUCUCAGAUCUGCGAUAAUUGCUCUUCCCAACCCGUCUCUGUCCGCUGCUCCACCGAUCAUCUCGUUCUUUGCCAAGAUUGCGACUGGGACGCCCAUGGCAGCUGCUCGCUAUCCGCCACACACGAGCGUUGCCCGGUUGAAGGGUUCUCCGGCUGCCCUUCGGCGCUUGAACUCAGUUCUAUUUGGGGGUUCAAUCUUGCCGACAAGAAGCAUGCCAUGCAACUGCCGCAAUCGCAGGUUUCGCAGAUGGGUAGUGACAAUUUCAUGAUGUUCCCGAAUUGGGGUUCCUUGAAUUCGGUUGUUUCGGAUGAUUCUUGGGUGUACAAGUCUGCUGCAAUGACUCUUCAGGAUCUGAUGCUGCCCAGUGAGAAUGGUAACAGCGGCACUUCCAUGUACCCGAGUGUUCCUAGUGCCGAUAUUCCGCUGUUGUCGAAGAAGCUGAGUUCUAGUUGCGGCAAGCAGACCCAGGUGAUAUUUAAGCAGUUGGUGGAGCUGCUUAAGCGGGAUCCGGUACGCGGUGACGGAGGGGGAGGUGGUGAUGGACUGGGUCCUGGGACACCUGCCCAACAGAGCAAUAUGGAAGAUCUGGAGUUGCCUGAUGGAGGUGAUGGAGCUACGGAUGCCACUCAAUUGUUGCAUCAGCAAACACCAUUUACGUCUUUGCUUAUGUUGUCUACUCGGAUGGAUCUAAGAGAGAUCAACAAUCGUCUCAUCGAAGAUAAUAUUCCCUGGGAUUGCAACCCCUCUGACCAGGCAGCGCAGGUAUGGGAUUUCAAUUUAGGCAAAUCAAGGGAUCAUGAUGAGGCUGGCCCAUUAGAAGCUCAAUAUGCUGCCAGUGAUGCAGGAUUUAUGUUCAAGAGUUAUCAAGACCUUAUUAAGGAAACUCCUUUACCAGCUAAGAAGGUGUAUGACAAUAUAUACGACAUCAGUUACUCCAUGGCACAUGACAAUAAGUCAUCACAAAAUAAUAACUCAAAUAACCCAGCAGCAAGCCAAGGGCCAACAACAUCUGAAAGCAAUAACUUUCCAUUGCGGAAGCCGUCUUCAAGUUCGAGUUUAGGUAAAUAUAAAACUUAUAGUGGCACCAGAGAUGUCGAUUUCAUGGAACAGUCUGUCUUUCUUAGAAGCGACACUCUGAAACCAGCAACAACUAAGGCCGACAUGGAGCUUCUGGCACAGAACAGAGGAAAUGCCAUGCUACGUUACAAGGAGAAAAAGAAAACUCGAAGGCAUGAUCCACGUACGAUAAACACAUCCGGUAUGAGUCGAGGAAGGCCAGGGCUGAUACUCGGAAGCGUGUGAAAGGUCGUUUUGUGAAAGCUGGUGAAGCUCCAGAUGUUGAAAUAAAGAAGAGCUGAAUGGAUUUGACAUUUGAGAAUGAGCUACUUUUUGUCUUUUGCCUCUGUAAAUAUUUCUCUUUUUCUUUGUACGAAGAUUACGUAAAAAAAGUUGAAGCAAAUUUCCACUU